AUGUCAGACGAAGAUGCAUACCUGUCUGAAGAAUCUUAUGAAUUCGAAUUUGAAGAUGACGAAGAUGAAGUUCAAGAAGAAAAUUUGGAGGAAGAUCAAUUAGAAAAUAAGUACUAUAAUGCAAAAAGUUUAAAAGAUGAUUCUCCAUUGAAAGCAAUAGAAGAAUUGCAAUCAAUUGCAAUUCUUAAGGAUUCAAAUUAUGAUGAAGAUAAUAUAGAAUGGAUCUUUAAAUCCCUAAAACAAAUCAUCAAGAUCAAUUAUAAUAUUAAUAAUUAUUCUAAUGCCCUUGAGAAUUUAGAAAAAUUAAUUGAGUUUAUUCCAAAAGUAAGUAAGAAUUAUGCUGAAGAAUCAAUAAGUAGAAUCUUAAACAAUUAUUCUAAUUGCAAUAAUUCUACUUUUGUAAAUCAGUUAUAUGAUAUCAUAUUAAAUUUUUUAAAUGAUUCAGCUCUUGGUGGUAAUAAUGAUCGUCUUUGGUUAAAAAUUAAUAUGAAUAGAUUAUCAAAUUACUUAGAGUUAAAAGAUUUCAAUCAUGGAUUAAAUCUUUUGAAUUCAAUCAAUUCAAGGUUAGAACAAUCUUCUGAAACAACUAAAAAUUCUUUUGCUUUAGAACUUAUCGCUGCUGAAAUUGAGCUCUAUUCAAAUCAACCUCAAAUAAAUUUGAAAAAACUCAAUCAAUUAUAUUCUAAGAGCUUGAAUAUUACUAGUGCGGUAACCCAUCCUCGAAUCAUGGGUAUAAUUAGAGAGUGUGGUGCUAAAGUUCAUUUUUAUAGAGGCAAUUUUGAAAAGGCAAGAAUCGAUUUUUAUGAAUGUUUUAAAAAUUAUGAUGAAGCUGGUUCUCCAUCGAAAAAAUUAAUUUUAAAAUAUUUAAGUCUAUGUUCAGUAUUAACUGAAAACGAAGUUAAUCCAUUUGAAUCUCAAGAAACUCAAACUUAUUCUCAAUUACCAGAAUAUUCUAAUCUAAUUCGAUUACUUAAAGCUUAUGAUGAUCUGAAUCUAGCUAAAUUCAAUCAAAUUCAUGAUAUAAUGAUCAAAGAUCGUGACGAACUUGUGGACGAUGAAAUCUUCAUCCAUGCCUCUAAAAAAAUUCUGCAAAAUUUAAUUUCAAAGAUAAUUUUAAAUUAUUUCAAAUCUUACAGUUCUAUAAGUUUCCAGUUUUUAAUGGUCAAAUUAAAUCUAUCUGAAGAUGAAUUGGAAAAUAAAAUUAUCCUUUUGGCAAACUUAGGUAAACUUCCAAAUGUUCAAAUCAAUUAUAUUGACAAGGUUAUUGAUAUUAAACAAUCGUCUCCAAAAUCAAUUAUCCCCAAGUCGCUUGAUUCAAAUCAAGUUUACGAAAAUAUAAUAUCUUUAGAUAAAUUGAAUUUUAGUAAACAUAAAGAUUUGGCUGCUGAAAAACAAGAUGUUUAUAUGGAUAUUGAUUCUGAUGAGAGCCCUCAUUUGAAAUCAACCAUCUUUGGUCAGAAUGACCAGAAUAUUUCCAAUAAUAACGUUGGGGUUCCCAUAAUACAAAAAUUCUUGAAUAGAAAUGGGGCAGUUAAUCAAUCUCAAACUAUAACUAAUAUCGAUCAUUGGUUAAUGUGUUUAAAUAGAGCCAUACCGGUCAAAGCUAACAAGGAAUUAAGUCAAAAAGAUCAAAUCUUUUCUGAACAAAGGGCUGAAAGCAAUGGCUUAAAACAAUCUUCAAAUGAUUUGACUAUAGAUAAUCAAUUAUCAGAUCAGAAUACUAAUGCCGGUAUUUUAGGCUCAGCAUUUACUAUUCCAACCGAACUCGAGAAUGAUGAUGAUGACAAUAAUGAGGAGCUUAAAAGUAUUGAUAAGGCUGACCUAUUGAAAAUCUGGUGUAAAGAAAUAAGGGUCCAUCGUCAAAGACUGGCACUGGAUCACUAAGGAGUAAUUCAAAGAACGACUGUAAAUCAUAUACUGGAUGCUUUUUUUUUUUGUUUUUUUGUUUUUUUGGCUACGCGCAGAGUAUAAAUUUGAUAUCUUCAGCUUAAAAAA